GUCCUGCCUGGCGGCCGGGCUCCUGGCCGGCGUUUCGGCACCUGCGGCGGCCGUGCUUUAUCUGCCCAUCACACGGGGCUGCCUGUGGCGGGAGGAAGCGGGUGAGCUCCCGCUGACCGGAUCUGGCUCGGGGCUGGGACCCUCCGGCCAGGCUGGUUCCUGCCAAGGGCCGGUUCUGCCAAGAUGCCGCUCUCCUCCCCGCAGCCCUGCUCCCUGCCAGCCAGGCGGGAGGGGAAGGUGAUGGCAGGGCAGGACUGGCUGUCCCUGCUCCCACGGGCUGGGGGCCAGGGCCAGGGUUGCCCUGGGUGCUCCCGGCCUCGUGGAGCUGCCAUGGCCCCUGUCGACCCUGGCACGGUGAGGGUGCUCCCAUCCCACAGCCGGCUUCCCACAGCUCAGCCCCUGGUGCCAGCGGGGCUCUGCCAGUGCCGGGGCUGCCUCCCUCCCCAGUGCCACGACGGAGCUGGGCUGUGAUGGGGCGAAGCGCUGGGAGCAGCCCCAGAGCUCUUCCCUGAGCUGGUGGAGAGCGUGGCUUUGCUGGGAGCACCAGCCAGGCUCUCCUCACCGGUGAUGGAGGGGGAGGAAAGGAUUUGGCCCCUCCAACAUCUCCUGGCCCCAGGAGGGGCUGGGUGCCCCUGUCCUCCCGAAGGGAUCUCCCCUGGCGAAGCUGGUGGGAGCGGGCAAGUGCUGUGCCGCGGGAGGGACACAAUGGGGUCCUGUGCGUGUGCCAGGCCCAACACAACGCCCCACGGUGUGGGACAUUGGGCUAUUGUCCGGGCUGGGGAGAACAACAGCAGCUGCAGCUGGUGGCUCUGAGCUCACCGGGCUGCCUCUGCCCCGCUCACUGCAGCACGGUUCCCCCCUCCCAUGCCAGGGUCCCGGGGCUGCUGCCCCCUGCUCUGAGCACCCAUCCCCUGAGCCCGUGGUCCUGGGCCCUGCCUCCUCAGCAGGCUGCUGGGGGGGGACCUGGCUCCUCUUGUCCCUUAUGGAUGCUCUGACACAAGGCAGCGGGACGGGACAGGUCACCGGGGUUUGCACCCCCUCCCGGGACCCCCUUGUCCCCUGGGGCCUCAUCAGUGCCGUGGGGAGGGGAGAGGCCCCGGGGUGACCCGGCAAUGGCCGCCUGCGACUGUCACUUGGCAAUCACGAUCUUUGUGACGCCUGUCGGCUCCAGCCUCCCGCUCGGCAGCACCACGCUGCUGCGAGCCGACGGGGCAGAAAGUGUGCGCUGGCUCGCUGAGCGUGCACGGGACAUAGCCCCGCUCAAUGGGACAGGAUGGUGGCCCUGGGCACACCGUGAGCGUGCGAGCGUGGGGCCAGUGCAAUGGGUCCCAGGCUAGUGGGGAGUAACGCCAGCACCGCUGCAGUGCCAGCAGCGUCCGACCAGCGCCUGCUGCAGGGGAGGGCAGGGCGGCUGGGCUGCACCCGCAGCCUCCCCAAAACCCCUCCAUCUGCACAGCAUGGGGUGGGCAUCUCGGUGUGGGACCCGGCGUGCGCGCAGGAUGUGGCCGGCACGACCGCUCGGUGCCAGGUCGGUGCACAGCACCCGGUGCAGGACCGUGGCCGCAGCACCCUCAGGCAGCGCUCCGGCAGGCGGGCAGCGCUGGUCCAGUGCAUUUAUAACUAGUGACAGAACGGGAGCAGGUCUCCAUCCCCGAUGCGUCAGGCCACGUCGCUCCAGGCGUGCGCCGGGGAUGCGCGUGGCCACGGGAGCCGCGUGAUGGAGGAGGGACGGAGCGUUAGGUUAAACCCGGGGGCUGCGCGGUCUUUUCUGGGUGCACCCCCGGCAGCCCUGGGAAGCAGCGUGGCACCUGGUCGUGCCCGGCACGUGCCGCUGCAGCCUGGCACGCAUGCAAGCCCCCGGCCCAGCAGCGGGGACCGAAGGGGCUUCUCAUCGGGGCGUGAGGUGGGAGCUGGCCGUCCCCACGAGGAGCCCAGGAACGUGGGUCUGUCCCACCAGGCACCAGGCGCUGCAGAGCGGGGCUGGGGACGGAUCCUGCUGUGCACCCAGCAAUGCGCAAAGCACUCAGAGCACAACAAAACCCAAACAGGAUGCGUCCCUUGCUAUCUGAGUGUUUGGUUACAGCGCUCAGGCCACGUUUGGCUCUGCUUAAGGCUGAGCGGCAGCCCCGGUGUGAGGGGGUUAACCCAGCUCACGGCCAGCCCUGGCAGACCCCGCUGCUCCUGGGGAGAUGUGGGCCAGCUGCUCUGCCCCAGAGCUGGGGCUGGAGGAAAAGCAGAUGUCGGUGCAGAGAGGCAAUUACGGGGGAUGCGAUGGGGGCCCGGGGCUGAGCUCCCUGCAGCUGGGCUGUGGCACCAGGCAAUCACGGCUGCAAAUUGAGAUCAGAUGUGGGCAGCUUCUCUCUCUAAAUGGAGGGCUCGGGGCUGCUGCCUGGGUUGGUUUGCUCUGCCUUGGGGAGGAAGAGGAGGGUUUUUUGAGUGGUGCUGGGGCCCAGGGUGGUUGCGGUGACCUGCAGAGCGUGGUGCUGCCUUGGGUGACCUGUGCUUGCCUUGGGCAGCCCUGCUGCCUGCCUGGGCUGGAGGAGCUGCCUCUUGCUGGAGCAGGGGUGAUGCAGGAGCUGGUGGCUGGCGUGGAGAAGAUCAGGUUUGACUCGGAGGCUGAUGUGGUGCAGCAGCGAGGAGCUCAGCCCCUGCCCUUCCUGGGUAUGGCCAGUAAGUUGGGGACAGGGUCCUGUGGCAUCCUUGGAGGGUGACAGGGGUGUAGGAGGUGUUGGAGUUUUCCUCCUUGCUGGUGCUUCUGCCUCUUGCCGCACCCACCAUGGUGCCUUGGUGCCUCUGGUCCUGCCUCCUCCCUGGGCUCCUGCCUGAGGCCAGGCUGGCUCGGGGCACUGCUCCCCUGGGGCUGCAUCUGGCACAGCUCUGUGGAGACUGCCGGUGGAGGGCUCCCAGGUGCUCUUGCCCUCGAUGGCACAGUGGGGCUGGGGCUGGCGGGUGAAGCUCUCCCUGCCCUGCUUUCCCCUGCAGAGCUGGGGGCGGCUGUCUGCGAGUUCUGCCACCGAGGGCUGUGCACCAAGGGUGAGUGCUAGGAAGGGAUGAGGAUGGGACUGACGCCGCCCUGCAAGACCCUGGGGACACCAAGGAGCCAGCCAGGCCCCCCCCCGCUCCAUGAGCUGCCCACGUCUGUGGCCCUAUGGCCAGUGGGUUGGCAGGUUUUGGCCCAAAAUGCUGAUGCUGCUCAGAGUCCAUCGUUCCCCUGGCCCUUUGGAUGAGUGUUCCUACCCCUUCUGCACCAGGGACGGCUCGAAGACCUCCAGGGCAGCCAGACCUUGGCAGUGCCUGGGGGACCGAGCCCCAUGCACCCAGUGGGUGCUGCAAAUCUCCUCCGCAUCCAGAAAAGCUCCCGCUGGCAUGUCCCAAGCAGAGGAGCUGGGGGGUGCCGGGGCAGGGGGUUCUGGGGUGCAGGCUGGGCUGGAGGGGCUGCACAGGGCACAUCCUGGGGGGCGUGGGGCACAGGCAGGCUCCGACAGCGGGUGUGUGCCGGGGCCAGGCGUGCGAUGUCCCUUCCGGCACGUCGCCGGGGAGAAGAUGGUGGUGUGCAAGCACUGGCUGCGCGGGCUCUGCAAGAAAGGCGACGGGUGCGACUUCCUGCACGAGUACGAGGCGACCAAGAUGCCGGAGUGCUAUUUCUACUCCAAGUUCGGCGAGUGCAGCAACAAGGACUGUCCCUUCCUGCACAUUGAUGCUGCCACCAGCACCAUGGGCUGUCCCUGGUACGACCGUGGAUUCUGCAGGCACGGUCCCCUGUGCAAGUACAAGCACACGCGGAGGGUGAUGUGUGCCAACUACCUUGUCGGCUUCUGCCCAGAAGGACCCAAGUGCAAAUUCAUGCACCUCAAGGCCGGGUUGAUGACAAGCAACAAGGAUCCAUCCAAGGGAGCUGGCUGUCCUCGGGGGCUGGCACGGCUGGAUCUGGCUGCUGGCAGGGAGAGUGGAUGCAAGAAUGUGCCACCCAUGGAGCCCCCUGUACCAGUCACUGGUGCUACCCAGCACCUGACAGUGCAGCUGUGGGACACCAGUAACUGUCCCCCUGGCCCACAGAGCCUGCCUGAACAAGGCAUCUGCUUCAAGUGCAGACAGAAAGGUCACUACGCCAAUGAGUGUGGGAAGGCUCAGCUGAAAAUCCUGCUGGGGAAGUGACUCGAGUGCUCCUGCAUGGACUGUGGAAGGAGAACACCCUAAAACACGAUGGAGCCAGCGAGACGGCUACUAGGGCAGUUGUUGAACUAGAAAAGCCAGUUGAUUUUGCUCAGCGCCGGCUCUUGCAGCUCUUUGCACAAGCAGCAGAGAAAUCACAGCUUCCCUAAUGCAACUAAAAUCGGACUCUUCACAGCCGCCGCGUUCCCUCCUGCGUGGUUGGCUGCGUAUGGACUGGGGCAGCAGGAGCGGUCACUGUGCAAUUGCAG